CAUAUGUAUACAUCAUAUAUAUAUAGGUCAAAACUGGAAUAUUUGUGUGAGAAAGGAUUCGAAAAGAAGUUUGAAAAGAAACGUUUGAAAAACAAGUUCAAAAUUUUAAAAAAUUGCUCAAGAUGUUGGCCAACAUACUGGUGGGUACCAAAGUUGUCUAACAUUUAUAUAUUAAAAAACUAAAUGUUGACCAACAUUUUUGGGGUAUUUUUUUCUUUGCCAAAAAGCUGCCGGCUACCACAAAUCGAGAAUUUUGGCCUGAAUUACGGAUGCUAUAAAGGCUAUUUUUCACCUGGGUUCUACUAGUGCCUGGAUUAUGAAGGGCUGCCUAUAAAACAGAUGGUUUUUUUGUAGCUUUUGGAAACAAUGUAACUGAGGCAUGUCAACUAUAACAUGUGCCUGACUCUUAGGGCAUAAAGACCAGUAAUUAGCAUGUGGUUGGCUCUUAGAACAUGUCUAAGCUCUUGACUCUCAGGACAUCCCAAUUGUCUCAUGUCAGGUACUUUAAGCAUGAAAACUGCCACUCAUUGGUGUCUGAAGCUCGGAACAUGAGGUAUACUUGCAUAUGAAGAGGCAUCUGAAGGACUCCUGCAUUCUUACCCAUUUCCUACACUUUUCUUCAAUUGAAAUACAUUGUUUUUCUCAGUAUUGUUUAGAACCCAAAGCAAUUGGGUCAGGACUGUCCCCACAGACUAGCCAAAGUGUCCCAGCCUCUCAAAUUACGUAAUAGGUAUAAUUCCACCAACGAUAAUUUAAAAUUUAAAUAGCCUGAAAAAAAGCUAGCUGACAGCUUAGUACGUUACACAGACCUUAAUGAAUCGUGAUAUCCUGAAUGUCACAUUUAAUUAUUAUGCACAUAACUAUCCAGGUAAAAAAAUAAAAUCUCCAACUAUGCAACAAGUGAGUGCCUAACUACUUUAAAAAUGCAUAUGCCAUACAAUCUUGUAAGUUGUGUUACGAAUGCAAAUCUACAGACAUUUUUUUCACAACAAACUUAAAAUGCAUGACUUAGUUAAAUCUUUGUUGGCUAUUAUACAUGACCAUAAAAUUUUUAAGCAGUCCGGUUUGUCUACUUUACUUUAAAACAUUGAUUUUAUGUUAAUUUUUUGCUAUUCAAAUUUACCUAUGUCUUCACAUAACAAUAUUACAAGCUCAUUUUAAAGAAGUGUAUGCAAGGCUUUUUCUGUCACCCACUUUAAAUAUAAAACCCUUUUUAUUGUUGUAAAAGUCCUUACCUCACCUUAGCUAGGUUGUAUCCUGAGCCAACUCAACAACUUCACGUCAUGAUCAAGCAUUUUGGUGUCUGUGAGUGCAGUGUUAUAAUGUGAUACCUUCUUUCUCUUGAUGCAGCCCUUUGGUUUGCAGUACCUUGUACGAGGCCAUUUCACUGUUGUGUCUGACACAGUAUCCAGCUAGUGGAAGUCUCUUUUUGUUUAUUUCUGUUAACAUUUUUGAAAGUUUAUCGUAAAAACUUUAUUUUUGAUGUGCUGUUUCCAGGAAACAUUACCAUACGAAGCAUUUGAGUAUUAUUUAAAAAAUAGAACACAUAUUAAACCUUCCAUUUUAAAACAUAUUUUUUUUUUCUUGUAAAGAUGUUUAUUAUACUUUAGUUGUAAAAGUGAAUAUUUUAAUUAAGUAAUUUACAUAACCAUCACAAUGGAUCAUGCCAAUGUGGUAAAAAGUCUACACAAAUCCUUACGGCAGAAGGUAAGGGAGGGAAUGACAACAGAGGAUGUUUGGAAAGAUUUGUUAUAUAACAAGCCUGUGCUGAAGACAUACGCUUACUCGAUGAAUCAGCUUGCAAAACAUGACUGGGAGAAAACUUGUACAGAAAACCGCAUACUUUGGUGUAGAGAUGUUUGCAAAAGUUACUUUUUUGAUGGUGGAAUGGAGAAGAUGAUUAAAAAGGAAAAGAAAUCUAAAAUGUUUCAGCGAUUGCGUGAUGAGGGGGCACCUGAAACUCCUGAAGUUGUAGAAGCCAUAUCCGAAACAGUAAGAAUGUUGGACAUUAACAUACCUCUUUUCAAUAAUAAAUUAUUGUUAUUAGAUGUUGGUAGUUGUUUUAACCCUUUUAAAGAAUUUGAAGAAUUUCAUGUCUUUGCUGUUGACAUAUCUCCAGCUGUUGAUGAUGUUAUACAAUGUGACUUUUUAAAUAUUUCCCUUGAUCCUGCAUCAGAUAUUAGCAGGUAUCUUGAAAAAUCACAGAAGAAUUUUGGAUUAGCUAAAGAUAUUACAACUGCAUUAAAAGCCAAUAAACUAAUACCCAAUAUUUUCAAUGUUGUGGUAUUUUCUUUAUUACUGUCUUAUUUUCCUUCUUCCUCUCAAAGACUACAAUGCUGCAUCAAUGCUCACACAGCUUUGCAGAUAAAUGGAUUGUUACUAAUCGUGACACCUGACUCUUCUCAUCAGAAUCGUCACGCCGAAAUGAUGAAAUCCUGGAAAAAAGCCCUUGAAAGCCUUGGGUUUAAGAGAUAUAAAUAUGAAAAACUGCAACAUCUACAUUGUAUGGCUUUUCGAAAGUCACAUAAACAAAUCCCAACAGUCACAACUAAUUUAUCAGAACUUAUUUAUAUACCACAAGAUUUCCAAGAUAACGAUCAGGAGACUAUUGAUAACAUCUCUUGUAGUAAUGAAGAAAGCUUUGAUGUGAAUUUGUUUCCUGAUACAGAUUUAUGUGAAUGAUAUUUAAGAAUAAAAAAUGACAAGGAAUAACCCAUAAUUUUAAUAUGCUUUUACCCAUAUAUAACAUACUAUGCAGAUAUAAUGUUUUGAUGUUGAGACUUUUUAAAUAUAUUUAGAUUAGUUUCC